AUGGACCGCAAAAGACCGGUCCUAGGUGGUUCGGUUCGGUUCCCUCAAUAUCUGGCGAUAACACUCCAAGAUGUCUGGCUUGCGCUAGCAGAGGAAGAAGCUGCUCAAGCUGCCCUUGGCAACCUUCCACGACAUAAAGUGAGCUUAUCGGCUUUCUUGAUGUCUGGGUUUGAGUUGGAGGAUAGCCACGGCCAAACUGAAAGGCUUGAAGACCACUCGUUUAUAUACCCCACGUCGCCUCCCGAAAAUGGGGUUCAAUCAGCAUCUUCAUCACCUGAAACCCUGCCCAAAAAUAUUCCCCUCUACCUACCAUCCUCGCUGCCAUCUCACAUUCGUACUCUCCCCGAACUCAAGGAAAUCUGUCAGAUGGAACAACGUCUCCGUGAACCGCAGGCAGACGACACGCUCAGUGAAGUCCGGUGCCAGCGGCGUGUCAUUCAGGGCCUUUGGCAAUUCAAACAACUCAACAUUUCCAGAACGGGGAACAGGCCAAAUACGAAGAUGAUAACGCUUUACAAACAGUUCAGUAAUAAGACGGAUCGAGCAGCAGAGAAGUAUAAGUCUGCCUGGCGUGCGUUAUGUGCUCUCAAUCUGGGUGGCUCAUGGUCAAUGCGGUUGAAGGAGUUGAAGACAGAGCAUAUCACUGGUCCCAGAAGAGAGCCCGACGAUGUUUCUAACAGCCGUUAUGAACCAUCGUGGAUUUGGCUUGUGCCACACGUCAGUGGAGCCAUCAACAUGCAGAUGAAUAUAGGCAAGGAUGAAUUCAAUGAGGUGGGGUUUUGGGAUAUGCACAUAAGCAGGCUGCAAUUUGCAGUCGCAUGGCAGAGAGAAACUGCUGUGGUUGACCCUGGUGCUGUCACCGAGGCCGAGGAAGUGUUUAUAUUUGACUGUGAAGAUUUUGAAGGUGGGGCUGAGCACGAAUUCAAUGAGAAUGAAGGAGAUGGACUUGAUGAUGACGAUGAUUGCCUUGACUUUGAUGAUUAG